AUGGACCCUUCUUGUGCACCGGAGAAUGUAACUUUCACGGUGGUUCCGACAUUUUCUUACUUUGAGUUCAUACCAUUGCACCGGCCACAUCAUAAAGCUUCCGAAGCCGUUGCUGGUGGUGAUGGUGGUUGUGGUGGUGGUGGUGGUGGUGGUGAAGACUACGUAGAAGAUGAUCCAGUACCAUUAUCUAGGGUGAAGAUUGGUCAACAGUACGAGAUUGUCCUUACGACAUUCACAGAUAACACUUGA